AGUUGUUCCAUCUUCUUCGUUUGGUACUGGGUCCGUUUAUGUUCUCGUUCUAUAAAAGAAUCGUUUUUUCUCGGUAAACAAACAAAAAAAUUUUUAAAAAAACCAUAAAUAUAUACUAGAUAGAGGUGGAGAGAGAUAUGGAUUUGAAUAACGACCCAGCAGUGGUACUGAAGUCAAGGUUCAAAAGGGUUUGUGUUUUUUGUGGAAGCAGUAGAGGCAAGAGAAAUUGCUAUCGUGACGCUGCUCUUGAGCUUGGAAAGGAACUGGUGUCAAGGAGAUUGGAUCUUGUUUAUGGAGGAGGAAGUGUUGGGCUGAUGGGCCUAGUUUCUCAGGAGGUUCAUCGUGGUGGUGGACAUGUAAUAGGGAUCAUCCCCAAAACUCUGAUGAGCAAAGAGAUUACAGGAGAAACAGUAGGAGAGGUGAGAGCAGUAGCAGAUAUGCACCAGAGGAAAGCUGAGAUGGCCCGUUACUCUGAUUGUUUCAUUGCCUUACCAGGUGGGUAUGGAACUUUGGAGGAGUUGUUGGAAGUCAUCACAUGGGCCCAGUUAGGAAUCCAUGACAAGCCUGUGGGUUUGCUUAACGUGGACGGCUAUUACAAUUACUUGCUCACCUUCAUAGACAAAGCUGUGGAUGAUGGAUUCAUCAAACCCUCUCAGCGUGGCAUUGUUGUUUCUGCAUCAACAGCUAAAGAGCUUGUUCAGAAACUCGAGGAAUACGUGCCCGUGCACGAUGGAGCCUUGGCAAAGGCAAAGUGGGAGGCCGAGCAGGUGGAGCUUAACGUUAUUUUUUCAGACUGAAUAGGAUGUCAAAGAAACCAGAGAAACGGUCUCUCUCUCUGUUAUUUCUGUAACUUUAAGAAAAAAAGAAGAAGAUAGUAAUAGUAAUAGAAUUUUUGUUUUUUUUUUUUUUCAUUAUGAUGUUGAUGUCUGUGUGGAAAA